UCAACUACGGUUAUCUUCUUGGAAUGUAUUUUUGUGCUUGUCCCCUUGUAUUAUUCCAUGGUUGCUGCCAAAUGGAUCAAGAGUACUUCCAAAGUGGUUAAUGUGCUAGCUGAGGUGAAAUCACCAAAAAAGCUUAGCGAAGGACGACUGAAGAAACUUAAAAUUGAACAUGGCGAUUCGGUGUCAUCCCUGUCACCGGCCGAGGUGGAAAUGAAAGUCAAAUCGCGAAGGCAUGAACUCGGCGAUUCUAAUCUUGAACUUUCAAGCCCAAAGGACGCCUCCGUCAAAAUGUGA